UAGAUUGCUCGGUCUCUAUUCUGAUGUCUUGAGUUGGAUGUAUGAGUUGACUGUUUUGAGUAAGUGGUUGAGUCAAGUCUAAGUUGGUUGGUGAACAGAAGGGAGACUCUUCCUUUACUCGAUUUUGCUGCACUCGAAUGUCCUUUGUGGUGGUUGUCCAGGUUGCUAUUGAGGUUGUUCAUGUAUUGAUGUUUGAAAACCAGUACAAUUCACGUGUUCUGUGCCUUUAUGACUUGUCCCCAAUGUUGGUUGAUUGAAAUAUGUGAGCUUACCUUGUAUCUGACUUGGUUUGCUUGUGGACAAGCAAACGGUUAAGUGUGGGGGAUUUUGAUAGACCGUUAAUUACACAUGUUUUUACCCCUGUUCUUACACCGUUUGAGGUGUUGAUUCUCGUGUUUUAGGCCGAUUUCACACUAGGUUGUGCUUGUUUGUGAUAUUUCGGGUCCUAGUACGUGAAUGGAGGCUUGGGAGCGAGUUUGGGGUCGAUUGGACGAAGAUCGGACGCGUGGCGAGGUGCUAAGGAAGCCGCACGGGCAUUCCUGGACAUCACACGGCCGUGCAACUCACAUUUGUGGCCGUGUGAUUUUCGCCGAGAGCAAACACGGGCAGGAUGGAAAUCCCACACGGCCGUGCGACCCUGGCCGUGUGGGAAGCCUGAAUUUCGACUUAAUGAUACGCCGCGUUUUGACUCACACGGGCAACUGGGUGAGCCACACGGCCGUGUGGCCUGCCCGUGUGAGUCGGGAAUUCCUGGUUUUAACCCAAUUUCGGGCUGCAAAAGAGGGAAUCGGACUUUUUGAGCAAAAACAGAGCCCUAGAGAGAGAAAGUACGAAGAACACAUCCUAGAAGCUAUCUUGGAGCUGGGUUUCAUCAAAUCGAGCUUGGAGAUCGUCAUCGGAGUGGAAAUCAUCAUCCCAGAGCAGAUUCUUCCCAUUGUAAUGAGUAUGACUGCUUUGUACCUUGUUUUCCUCUCUCUCUCUAUGGAGUAGAACCUCUCUCUCACUUGGGGAUGAAGAACCCUAGUUCUAUGUGUUAGGGAUUGAUUGUAAUGACUUGGGAUGGUAUUAUAGUUUGAUUUUAAUCGAAUGAUGCAUGUUUAUUGAGUCAAUUGAUGUCUGAUCAACUUUUCCUGACACCUGCUGCAAUCUGAGAUAGAUAGAAUCUGAUUAGUUUGCUAGAGUCUCAUCAUUCGGUAGUAGGAGAUUGGCUAUACGAGAGUUAGCCAGUUUACUGCUUUGUACUGGAAUCCAAUUCUUCAUACCCAAGUGAGAGAAAGUUCUACUCCAUAGAGAGGGAGGAAAACAGAAAUCAGAGUAGUCAUACUCAUAAAGAUGAGGAAAAUCU